AUGUGGACAAGUUUUCGGGCUGUGACUGCUGAAGUUUGCAUUGUUGGAGCUGGUCUUGCUGGAUUAUCCGCUGCUGCACAUCUACAGAAGAAUGGCAUAGCCUUCACACUACUGGAAGCUUCAAACCGCUUAGGUGGUAGAGUAUAUCCGACAGAAUAUCAGAACAGCACUAUCCAACUCGGCGCCGAAUUCAUCAAUGGUAAGGACAACGAAAUGUACAGAAUCGCCUCACGCUUGAAGCUUAUAAGUGGGAAAGAAGAUGAUUAUAGCAUUUAUGAGAACAAUCCAUUGGUUGCUACAGGCUCCGCCCAAUUCGAUCCAGAGCUCAUGACCGCAUGGUCUGAGUUCGUGGAUCCUCUGGAGAAUGAGUUUUAUGAACAAUCAAACGAACAUUUAGCAAUGACGAUUGGAGAACUCUUUCGAAGCAAAUAUGAUGUCUGGAUAAAGGAUCAUGCGGAGAACAAGACAGUUUUCGAUGAGCUCGCCAAAACAUAUGUGAACUACUACGAAUCUGAAUGGUCUGCUGAUAUUAACAAACUUGCACUGGCGAACUUCCACCACUGGGACGAUGGAAGUGAAGAUGAAUCUUCCUUCACGAUGAGGGGAAAGGGCUUUGGGGGUGUUUUGAAAGAAAUCGUGAAACGUGUAGACCAGAAGAAGAUUCGAUUGAACUCAGAAGUAUCGAAAAUUGAAUGGCAAACUUCUCCUAUACGGGUUUCAUUGUCAACCAACCAAGUGGUCGAAUGUCAGACUGUCAUAUUAACAGUUCCACUAGGAGUGUUGAAAGCAAACUCUAUCAGUAUCCUUCCUGAACUACCUCAAGCGAAGAAGCGAGUGAUCAAUGAUCUUGGUUUUGGAAGAUUGGAAAAACUUUUCUUAGUUUAUGACAAGAUUUGGUGGGAUAAAGACGCCUCACACUACAUCACUCUUAACUUCGGUGAAGAGUACAAAUCUUUCGUCUCCAGCAUCAGAGGAUUCGAAAGCAUGGAUGAACAACCUAAAAUGUUGAAAGUAUGGAUUUCUGGUUCAGGACCAGAACAACUCUCAAAUCUAAGCGAAAAUGAAAUCAAGAAGGAAAUUACAUUCUUCCUACGAACUCAAAUGAAUGACUCCAGUAUUCCAGAGCCUACAACUAUCGUGAUACACAAAUGGCUAGCUGACAAGUACACUAAAGGAGCGUAUAGUUACAUCACACCGGAAGCCUAUACCCAUUUCAAAGAUCCCUAUGGAGAAAUGAUGAAACCUGUGAAACAUCAGAACAAAUCAGUCAUAUGCUUUGCAGGUGAACACACUCAUCGAACUCUUUACCAAACAACUAGUGGAGCUUACGAAUCGGGUCUACGGGAAGCUAAUAGAGUUGUGAAUGAAUUCAAAGAGAAGAAAGGUUAA